AUGGCGGUGGUGGCGGUGGUGGCGGCGGUAACGGUGGUGGCAUCGGUGGUGGUGGCAGCGGUGGUAGCGGCGGCGGCGGUGGCAGCGGUGGUGGCGGUAACAGCGGCGGUGGUGGUGGCGGCGGCGGUGGCGGCGGCGGUGGUGGCGGCGGUGGUGGCGGCGGUGGUGGCGGCGGCGGUGGUGGCGGCGGUGGUGGCGGCGGCGGCGGCGGUGGUGGCUAUGGCGGCAAUGAGCGGUGGUGGUGGUGGUGGUGGCGGCGGCGGUGGCUAUGGCGGCAAUGGUGGUAGCGGCGGUGGCAGCGGCGGCGGCGGUGGUGGCUAUGGCGGCAAUGGUAGAGCGGCGGUGGCGGUGGUGGCGGCGGCGGUGGUGGCGGCGGCGGUGGUGGCGGCGGUGGUAGUGGCGGCGGUGGCGGUGGUGGCUAUGGUGGCAAUGGUAGAAGCGGCGGUGGUAGCGGCGGCGGUGGUGGUGGCGGUGGUAGUGGCGGUGGUGGUGGCGGUGGUGGCGGUGGCGGUGGCGGUGGUGGUGGCGGUGGUAACGGUGGCAGCGGCGGUGGCGGCGGCGGCGGUGGUGGUGGUGGCUAUGGCGGUGGUGGUGGCGGUGGUGGCGGCGGCGGUGGCGGUGGUGGUCAGUGGAGCGUCCAGAGAAUUAAAAACAUCUAAAUACCACAGACACCAGAGAUUCUGA